AUGGCGGGCAGUGGUGACAACGAUCACCUGGUAAUGAUCUUAUUUCAGCCUGAAUCCGCCUACGAUAAACAAAUCAAGGGAGAUCAAGCCGCAGGAGAGAUAAUUGUAGCAAGAGAAGGUCCGAUGGACCCAGCCUAUCUUACUGAUAUGGAUCACUCUCCCACAAAUGCAGGUCAACUGCGAAGAGAGUUGAGCGAGAUCUCUACGAAUGCUACUGGCCAUCUCAACCAAACAUACCGCCUGAAUUCCGUCAGUAGGAAUUAG